AUGGUGUACAUGCUCGAGGAGCUCGACGUGGUGGUGGACGGCGCGUACCGGCCCCGGCAGGCCACGUCGCUGACGCUGCGAAUGCGGGACGGGCUCCCCGGACCAUACUACUGUGCUGCCGGCGCCGAUAAGGCCUUUGUGCGCGACGUUGUUGACGCCCACUACAAGGCCUGCCUUUACUCCGGAAUCAACAUCAGUGGCAUCAACGGCGAAGUCAUGCCGGCCCAGUGGGAGUUCCACUUCCAAGUUGGCCCGUCCGUUGGAACCGCUGCCGGUGACCAGAUAUGGGUUGGGCGCUAUAUUCCCGAGAGGAUCACUGAGAUGGCCAGAGUUGUGCAGUCCCCAGGGCCGGGUGACUGGAAGGGUGCUGGUGCUCACACCAACUACAGCACCUAGUUGAUGAGGGAGCCCGGGCACACGGAGCAUAUCGCCGCGUACGGCGAGGGCAACGAGCGCCGCCUCACCGGCAGCCACGAGACCGCCGACAUCAACACCUUCAAAUGGGGCGUGGCGAACCGCGGCGCGUCCGUCCGCGUGGGCCGCGACACGGAGAAGGAUGGCAAGGGCUACUUCGAGGACCGCGGGCCGGCCUCCAACACGGACCCCUACGUCGUCACCUCCAUGAUAGCCGAUAUCACCCUCCUGUGGAAGGAAAACUAG